UCCUGCUCAUCAGCAUGAAUGCUCUCCUGGGCAGCCUCCUGGUCUUUGCCACCUUCCUGACUUUGUGCAACGCACAGUGCUAUGUCAUACUGCCUGAGGGAACUGUAGGUGCUUCACCCAGUGAAUGCAAGGACAGUGAUGGAGUCACACACCCGUUGAAGGCGGAGUGGAGCACUGGCAACUGUGAGAAGUGCUCUUGCGAAGAAAAUGGAAUUCACUGUUGCAGCCUCGUUUCUAAACCUGUGAAAUAUGAUGAAAGCAAGUGCGAGAAAAUCUUCCACCAGGAGACCUGCAGCUUUACGGUGGUGGAGAAGGAUAAUCCUGCAAAGACCUGUGAUGUCAAUGGAUGGACAAUGUAAUGUGCUUCCAGUGGGCCCAGGGCUCCCAGGCCCGGCCAUAUUCUCCCAUGGCUUCAAAUAGUCUAUAAUUGUGUAGCCCUACUAUCAGUAAAAAAGCUUUUG